AUGACAUGGCAAUGGGUUGCCAUUCUGCCCCUGUGUGGUGCUCUUGAUGGUGGCAAUCCAAGCUGCUGGUCAGGUGACUUCACUUUUGCGAACUGUUGUGGAGAUCCUGCCGCUGGUCGUCCAGCAGAUUCAUCCUGUUGGGAUGGCUACUUUACCGAAGAACUUUGUUGCCACGGCUCAGCUGACCUCCAUGGUUUGGGUUCCUCCAGCUGCUGGGAACUCAUGGGUUUGGACGCCCGGAGCGGCUUCACCAACUGCUGCAGCCCUGGGACGGCGCGGCGUUCGCAGCAGUGCUGGGGGACCAAUCCCAUGCUGACGGAAGCGCGCUGCUGUGGGGAUGACCUGGUGGAUGAAGAUCCGGCCAACUUGCCACAUGAUGCGGUCAGGCGCUUCGACACGGCCAUCUCGGCAUUGAACAUCCACAAUUAUUUGCAUAGCCAUCAGGUGCGCAGCAAUCCAGGUCUGGGAAAGAUCUUUUUGCUGUCGGACGUGUUGACGGUGCAUCGUCCCAAGUUGCUGGAAGUGAUUCAGCCGAAGGAUGUGCCGCGGGCGUCGGCCAAGUAUCGACCCUUGAGGCCCCAGGCGUUGCAACCGGCCUCGCAUCGGGGGAAAGACCUAGUGGAUUUGCCCAACCUGAGCCAAGAUGACCUGCCAUCAGAUGCCGAAGAGCUGAAAGACUGUCAGGGAGACUGCAAAAAUGGCACUUUCUUCUUGCUCUACGCAGAAUCCGAUGAGUUUCUACUUGAAGCAGUGUCAGCAGUUCAGCAUUCCGGGCAGAUUUGGGAAGCUUGGAAUCUGGGUAAUUUACGGCCCCAUCCAGCUGCACGUUUCCAUGAGAAGUACAAGACCCGCUACAUUUGGACGGACAAGGCAUGCUUGGACGCCUAUGUCACAGCUUCAGCAACUGCCUUUGGUCCAAUGCGUCGGAUGGCGGAAAGCGAGUGCAUUUGCCAAGCUCUGGCGAUGACGAAGAAAUUGCCUGGCGCUUACAUGGAGAUUGGAGUUUUCGAAGGUGAUGCAUCCUUAGUGGCCAUGGCCUACAUGGCGCGGAGUCGCCUGACGCGAAAGGCCUAUUUUUUAGACACUUUCCAGGGAUUCAAUUACGCUGAAGCUAAGCAGUCGACUGAAGUUGGCUUUGCUGGGACCCAUCGAGUGUGGCCCACACCGGAACUGGCAGUGGAUGCGAUCAGAGCCAAGCUGCUACAGGUUGCGGAUUCGCCAUUCGAACUUGUGAUUGCGAACAUCCUCCGAGACGAACUUCCAUCAGCUGAACGGGAAGUAGCAGUCGCCUAUUUGGAUGUGGAUUCUUAUGAGGCGACCUUGGCAGGAUUGAUAAAGCUCCAGGAGAAAUUGGUGGUUGGUGGUAUCAUCCUUAUGGAUGAUGCCCCCGCAACUCCGAAAUUAGCAGGUGCACUCCUAGCGAUGCACGAGUUUAUGGAUCAAUACCAAGAUCAAUUUGUGAAGAUGCUUUGGACUGGAGCUUAUGCGUUGUUUCGAAUCAAAUAA